CCGCGGCAGUUUGUUUGCGUACGCGGUCAACUGUAGUCGACGUCUCUCGACGGGGAUAUGCCGUAUCUGGUGAUCACAAACCAUUGCAAGUAUUGUUUACAUGAUUAUUUCGAUCGUCAUCGUAGGUAUUACAAAGUCCGGUGAAUCACACGUUUAAGCGGUCGUUUCUCGUCCUGAUUUCAUAGGCCGCCCUUACGUCGAAUUCGGACACGUUUUCGUAGUCGUUCGUCGGAGUACGCGUAACACAAUAUUAUAACAUAUCGAUUUUGAGUUCGCGCGCGGUUUUUUUUUUUUUUUUGGUUUUUCGUCGGAAUAUUUUCAUUCCGGUGCCAAACAAACAAGCAAACGCGUCCGUGGUCUCUAGGACGUUUUCUACUAUAUACAGCUAACGGUGUUGUUUUCGAGACCCGUUAAGUUUUAUCGUUAUCACUGCCGUUUUACACAUUUUUACUAAAUUAUAAAUUUUAACCAAUCGAUCCCGAGUACCGCGUCGGUGGUGAACACAUAUACGCAAACUAUGUUGAUAUACCCGACGGCUGGCAGCGGGGCGAUCAGUAGCCGUAUGAACGCGUCGGGCCAAAAAGGCGGCCGGGCCGCAGCCAAAGGUGCAGUGCAGCGCAAGGCGGAAGCCAACAAGACCAAGAGCAGCAGUAAACAGACGGUGCUAUGGAAGCACGCGGACGUUGAACAGGGAGUGGUCGUGGUCGACGAGAAACAGCUAAUGCGGCUGGUCAAGACUGAACCCAUCGAAAACUAUUACCGGCUGGACAGCGAACCAUUCGCCAAAGGUCAAUUCGCUUCAGUCAGACGCUGCACUUCGAUCGAAACGGGUGAAGUGUUUGCGGCCAAAUUUUCAAACCGCACGAGAUUUGGCGAAGACUGUAGUCCCGAUAUCCACCACGAAAUAGCUUUGCUAUCGCUGUGUUCACCGUCGCCGCGGAUUACCAAAUUGCAUGAUGUAUUUCAAACGCCCAAACAAUUGAUCAUCGUCAUGGAAUAUGCUCCGGGAGGUGAUCUACAAAAAGUCAUCGACGACGACAACGUACCAUUUGAGGCCGACGUGGUCAAGUUCAUACACCACGUGGUCGAAGGUUUAGCUUACAUGCACCAGCGGAAAAUCGCUCAUUUAGAUAUCAAACCUCAAAAUUUAGUGUUGAUGGGCGCAUUUCCUACUUGCGACGUCAAACUUUGUGAUUUCGAAAUAUCCCGAGUGAUUCUAGAGGGUACGGAAAUCAGAGAGAUCCUUGGCACACCCGACUAUGUCGCUCCAGAGAUACUUCAUUACGAACCAAUUACUUUGGCCGCAGACAUGUGGUCGCUUGGAGUGACUACUUACGCACUAUUGACGGGAUUCAGUCCAUUCGGCGGAGACACGGACCAAGAGACGUUUUGCAACAUAUCGAAUGCUGACAUCGAUUUCCCGGACGAGCUUUUUGAAGAUGUGUCAGAAGAGGCGAUCGACUUCAUGCGAAAGCUGUUGGUCAAGGAUCCCAGGGAGAGGCUGACAGCCAAAGAAUGUUUGAAACACCCGUGGUUGGCAAACCUUCGAAAGUCAUCGUCCGGCAGCAGCAAUUCGAUGCACCACCACCAACAAAAUCAACAAAACUACCACCAACAGCAACACCAGCAGCUGUUGGUCACGAAACGCACUGGCUGCAACACGUGUGCGGGCAUUACGCCAUCUAACGGAGCUAGACGUGGCGGUGGUGGUCUGCAACCUUCGUACCUGUCCAAGUCUCGAGAAGCACUUUUUGAGCGGAUCGUGUCCAAGCACAUGCGGGAAAGUGACAUGAAGAGGUCAUCUAUGUUACACGAGUCACAGUAUGCAUCCAAUCGGAUGUGCGAGAGCCACACGUCAUUGGUAUCUCGGUCCCGGCACGGCACCCGGACGUUCAGUAAGUCUAAGGAGAAGCUGUAUGGACUCAAGAGUCUGUCCCGGUCCCAGGACGUACUGGACAUGUGUAAGAGCAUCAAAGACCUGAACGAAGUGGACAAAAUUGCCACUGUCGGUAACUUACUGAUGAGUCUCACUGGCGUGUCGACGCUGCCAAACUCACUGUGCUCGUCCACUGCUAACAUAUCUGUAUCUCAGAGUUAUAUACCCGAUGGCUUAGCGUCUGAAGAUGAUAAAGAUUACCUCACAACGAGAAACGGAGAUUGUGAUAUCGACACGACUAAUACAGACGCCACUGCACUAUGCAACUCUGUCAACACAAACAACACCACUCCUGUCGAUAUUACCAUCACCGAACCCCUCAAACACACCCCUACCACGACCGCAACCACCACUACCACGGUAACCUCAACGGCAGACCAUGCACCAAGAUCUGGGUCUCCAGCCGGCAGUAGUACAAGUGGUACUAGCAGCGUAGAACACUUUUACCAUUCCGACGAAGAACCCAGGUUUUCCGUAGCCCAACUGGUCAAGGCGUUUGAUACGCACCAGGAAGUAGUGACCAAACGGUCGCUGGAGGUAACCAUGAACCCGGUGACCAAACUCAGGAUCGCCCCCGCGACGGCAGCCGUCGACCAACUCACCGCUACCCACGAGUUUCCGACCGGACCGAACGCCCUGCGACUGUUCAUACCCAACAUCGACAUAUGUGGUGGUGAAUCGGCGGCCGCCAAGAGGACUCGCGCAGCAGGAUGUGUCGGCGCAGGAGUAGGAUCCCGAGACGGAUGCGAGAACGCCCGGAGCCCGAAUUCGGACAACCGUCGCAAACGUUCAAACGUGAACGACUGCAGCACAUGACCGGACCUAACCCUCACUGCGAUCCUCCCCCAAUAUUUAUUUCAUUAUUAUACAUAUCAUGAUAUUUUUUAUUAAUUGCUAGAUUAUUAUUAUUAUUAUUAUUUUUUUUUAAUAUAUAAAUAUUAUUUUAACGUGUUAUUUUAUUAUAUUAUUGUGCCGUUCAUAUAGUGUGUAUGAUAAUAAUAUUAUUAUACGUCAUUGUGCGUGCAAUAGAAUAUAUACUUAAAUCAUUAUUAUUAUUAUUAUUAUUAUUAUUAUUAUUAUAUUGUCGUGUGUAUGUUAUCGAAUUUGAUAUUGUAUUGUACGAGUGAACCAGUGAUUGUCACAUGUUAUAUGUAUAAUAUAUAAUAAAUAGAAUAAACAUUGCUUCCGCGAGAAAAAA